GCAAAUGAUUUGGUUCCGGCAGGCGUGUGAGGAAUCAAGGGAAAGGUGUUUUUAGUUCCUAUUGGCCAGGGUGGCUGGAGGGAGACAGACAGUCAUGGAAGGUGCCAAUUGUUCCCUUAAAGUAAACAGGCACUUGCUGGACCCCAAGUUCGAGAGCUACAAGCUGUCCCUGGAUCCACUGCCUUGUUAUAAUGUAGAGCUGGAUGCUGCUGUUGCGGAAGUGACACUUCGAGAUGAUCAGUACACAUUAGAUCACAUGCGUGCCUUUGGCAUGUACAACUAUCUCCACUGUAAUCCAUGGCUCCCCAACAGCGUCUUCUACAUAGACCAACUGAAGAGGGUGAUGAGUUUUACAGUUACGCUGGAUACCGCGAUGGGAAAACCUAUAGAAGUGUUCAGAUUUCCAAGGGAUUUAAAUGCCUGCGACAAUCGACUAUGCUCUUCUAUGCAUUUUGCUUCUGCCCAAUGGGUGACCCUUUCAGAUGGAACAGGGACUUUGUACAUCAUUAGAAUUGGAAACCAAAGUGACUCUCUGUCUGGAAAAUGGGAGAUUAUGUUUAAUCAGGAACUCGGGGAGCCUUUUAUUGUCGUUCACAGUAUUUCCUCGGUUCGGGAUGAGUUGCAUGUCAUUGAUGUGCUUUUACUGUCGGUUGAGAAAGACGAAUCGGACAUUGAAGGGAGUGGAUUCCAUGUAUGUUUGGAAUGGGUUUCAGCUGCCCGGGCACAAAAUCAAGAGAAUGGUGAAUAUGAAAUCUUAAAGCGUAGGAAGCUUUUUGGAAAGUCUGUACCACAUUACGCGGCUAUUGAGCCUCUUGGCAAUGGGGUAAUGAUGAUCUCUUACAAGCCAUUCAGAUUCAUUGCAAAUGAGAAGGAUCCGCAUGAACCAUCUGAAGAUGAGAAAAUGGAUGAAGACAACAAAAGAGAACCUCUCUAUAAUUGGCAACAAACUGGUGAGGACGUAACGCUCACAUUCCAGCUUCCCGAAGGCAAGACCAAAGAUGAUCUUAACAUCAAGUUUCUUCCUGGUGAGAUUGAUAUCUCUAUAAAAGAUCAAGGCACUUUUCUGAAAGGACAGCUCUAUUCGGAUGUUGAUUGUGAAAGCAGUGCUUGGAUAAUGAAGGAAGGACGGAGUGUAGAGGUGACUUUAACCAAGCGGGAGCCAGGAUGCACGUGGGCAGAACUGGUCAUUGCUGACAAACAAGGAGAAUACAUAGCAGAUCCUGCACAAACUGCUGCAAUAGCCGAGAAACUCAUGCAUCUCACUUCUGAGGAUAUAAAUCCCAAUCCGGAGAGUGAGAAACCUCCAUGUAAUGCUCAGGAACUUGAAGAGUGCGACAUAUUUCUGGAAGACAGUACAAAUUUGUGCAGAUUUGAUGGUACACAUUUGAAGGCCACACAUGUGGUAAAUCUGGGCAGCAAUCCAUAUCUUUUUACAUUUGUGGCUACCCCGGAGCUGAUGCCGUGUUUCGCCUUGCGACAUGAUGUGGAUGCCCUUCUCUGGCAGCCCGUUUCUGAGCAGCCAGAUAACCUUUGGGAGCAUAUUGCAACGUUCAAUGCCCUAGGAUACGUCCAGGCAUCAAAGCAAGACAAGAAGUUUUUCACCUGUGCGCCCAAUUUCUCGUAUUCAGCUCUGUGUGAGUGCGUUCGCAGAAUAUUCAUCUAUCGCCAGCCCACCCCUGUAUCUACUGAAUUGUAUAACAGGAAAGAGGGUAGGAGAGUUGGGCAGGUUGCUAAGCAGCAGGUAGCGAGCCUUGAAACCACUGACCCCAUAUUAGGCUUUCAAGCCUCCAAUGAAAGGUUAUUUGUUCUAACCACAAAGACAUUAUCUGUAAUAAAGGUAAACAGUACAGCCUAAUUAAAGAGUGCUGUUCACAUUCUCUUGCAGUUCAGUAAUACUGGACAUUAUGCUUCUCAAAGAGCUUUUUUUUCUGGAUGUUACAAAGAUAAACCAUUUUUAUUGAAUGAUUUCAUUAUCUACCCGCAUUCCAAUAAAAUAUUUAAAGUAUA